AUGACCACUACCCCCAUGAAAAUUGGCAAGCUCAAGGUCGGCCAACUCCGAAAGGAGCUGCAGUCGCGCGGCUUAGACACAUCCGGCACGCGCCCCGCACUCAUGAAGCGCCUCAAGGAGGCGCUGGAGGCGGCAGAAAACGCACCGGAAAAGCCUGCGGAAGCCGCAGAGGAAGUUGCGCAGCAGAAGACCGAGGCGGCGCGGACGGAAGAAGAAACGGGACAGGCGGCGGCGGCGGCAGAACAAGCGGCGGCGGUAGAUCAGGCAGUCCCAGAAGAGACGAUCGUGGAAGGGGGCGCGAGCGAGGGGGUGCCGGCCGAGAAGGUGGAGGAGCAGGAAGGCGGGAAGGCGAUCGCGACGGGGAGCCUAGUGCGCGCGAGCGAGGAGUCGAUGGACGAGCGGCUGCGGAAGCGGAGGGAACGCUUUGGGAUUGUGGAGCGUGCGAAGACUGAAGGGAAGGGGAAAACACGGGAGACAGAGGAGGAGCGUAAGUUUGAGGAGGCGAAGAAGAGACGCGCCGAGAAAUUUGGGACGGCGGAAGAGGGAGAGGAAGGGAUUUCAAAAGAGGAGAGGGAGAGGAGGUUGAAGAGGCAGAGGAGGUUUCAGUCCAUUGGGAAUGCGACGGCAGUCUAA